AUGUUGGGUUCAAUUGAUUGUAUGCAUUGGGAAUGGAAAAAUUGUCCUGUCGCAUGGAAAGGUCAAUUUUCUAGAGGUGAUCAUGGUAAACCCACAAUCAUGCUUGAAGUUGUGGCAUCUCAAGACUUGUGGGUUUGGCAAGCAUAUUUUAGAACUGCGGGUUCUAACAACGACAUUAAUGUGUUAAACACGUCUGAUGUGUUUAAUGAUGUUUUGAAUGGAAAAGCUCCUGCAGUACAAUACUCGUUGAAUCGAACAACAUAUCAUAUGGGGUACUACCUAGCUGAUGGCAUUUAUCCUGAGUGGGCAACAUUUGUCAAGACCAUCCCUAUGCCGCAAGGAGAAAACAGAAAGUUAUUUGCCCAACGACAAGAAUCAGCACAGAAGGAUGUUGAACGGGAAUUUGGAUUGCUCCAAGCCCGAUUCGCUAUUGUACAUGGUCCAGCGCGUGCUUGGCAUGUGAAUACAAUGAAACACAUAAUGUUAGCAUGUAUCAUAUUGCAUAACAUGAUUGUCAAAGAUGAGCGAGACACAUAUGCUGGCAAUUUUGAUUACGACCAUGUUGAUAAUAAUUUCUCCACAACUGAAGUAUCUAUUGGUCCAAUUCUCAACUUGACAACAAUGUUUGAAAGGAUAACACAUGUUCAUCAAAGGCAAAAUCAUCGCCAACUUCAAGCAGACUUGGUGGAACAUAUUUGGGAGAGAUUUGGUCAUGAGAACAACGAAAGUUAG